UAUUAUGUUUGUUUGAUUUUGUUGCUGAUUUAGUUUUGUAAAAAGUUUCUCCUUCGACUACCCAAUUCCUUAAAAUAGUUUUAUAUCUCUGACUUUUAAAGCUUGUGUCAACUCUCGUCUUUUCUGUGUCGACAGGCAUGCUGUUGACUUGUUUCUUAAUUUUGCUGCGAGUGAUUCUGUUCGCGUGGCUACCGGAGCUUCGGACUCUCCACGGCAUGAUACUCAUGGCUUACCUCAUCAGCUUCCUCAUUGGAGCCCUGCUGUUAGCCAUCAUUAAAAUCAUGUAUGAAUAUGAUGUUAUAAUUCAAGAAGCGUGCACUGGCAUUUCAUUCGUCAUAUAUUUUUCAAUACUUACGGCGUAUUUUUGGAGGAACAUCAUGUGCUACGACAUUUGGUGGACAUUCAGUUGCAAACAGGCCUUCUCAAGUCGAGGUCGCAACGCUUAUACCCGCACUCGCUUCCAUCUAUACAGCGCUUACGCAUUCGGUGCACCAACGGCAUUUACAGUUUUGCUCGGCGUACUCGAGUUUUUGGACUUUCCAAAAAAACACCGAUAUUCAAAUUUUAUGCCAAACCUGAGGUUACGGGCAUGUUUUUUAUACGGCUACAGCAAGCUCCUAUAUUUAUGCGGCCCAAUAAUUGUGCUGUUUAUAAUCAACGUUAUAUUUACCACCUUUACUGCAGUGAAGAUAUCAACCAUCAAAAAAGAGACUAAAAAGGUUCUGCAGUCAAAUGAGAGUUCUACUCAUGAUCAGCAGAAAGCCACACGACGGUAA